GACAUAGUCAAAGUUCACUUUACAGACUCCAUUUUAACCGGAGGAAGAAGAUAUCUACCUUUAGCUUAAAUCAAUUUGAAAACCUUAAGCUUGGUUAUGUGUGAUAGAAACAUGUGAGUCUAAUCUUGAGAAACAUGUUCUGAUGUGUGUACACAUCCGUGCUGUGAUUGAUUUAUUUCGAAAAGGUUGUUUCCCCACGGGACGUACUGCUACAAAAUGGCGGCAUAGUAAACAGUUGUGUGUCCAUGAAGAGAAGCUGAGCAAUGGAAACACCAGGAGACGCUCCAGAGGGACAGAGACACGUCCGUCGGGAGAGACCUCCAUCACCUGUGCCCACUUGUAUGUCCAUGAAGAGUGACCGGUCAAAUGACCCCCCCCUCAACUUCCAAAAUGAAGAUGGUACAAAUGCAUCAAGACACGUCCGUCGGGAGAGACCUCCAUCACCUGUGCCCACUUGUAUGUCCAUGAAGAGUGACCGGUCAAAUGACCCCCCCCUCAACUUCCAAAAUGAAGAUGGUACAAAUGCAUCAAGACACGUCCGUCGGGAGAGACCUCCAUCACCUGUGCCCACUUGUAUGUCCAUGAAGAGUGACCGGUCAAAUGACCCCCCCCUCAACUUCCAAAAUGAAGAUGGUACAAAUGCAUCAAGAAGCCAAAUGGAGGAAUGUAAACCAGAUGCUGUCAGUGACCAGUUCACCCAGAGUCAACAUGGGGAUCUGAAGCACAUAUUCCAGAGUAAAGAAGAGGAUGAGAAUGAAGCCAGAGAAGGGGCUCUGAAAAUGGACUUCCUUAGGAAUAUGGAGCAGCAAGAUCUCGCUGACAAACUGCAAGAAAAGAUGUACGUAGUUUUUCAGACUGAGCUCAAAAGAAAUCUCAAGAACAAGUACCAGACUGUUUCUGAAGGAAUACCCGCACAAGGAAGCUCUGAUCUUCUAGAAAAGAUCUACACAGAGGUCUACAUCACAGAGGGAGGAAGUGGAAAAGUAAAUGCAAAGCAUGAAGUCAGGCAGAUUGAGUCAAGAUCCAAGAGACCAGCUGGACAGGAGACAUCAAUCAGAUGCAGUGACAUCUUUAAACUCUUACCUGGCCAAGACAAGCCAAUCAGAAGUGUUGUCACAAAAGGAGUUGCUGGCAUUGGUAAAACUGUCUCAGUUCAGAAGUUCAUCCUGGACUGGGCAGAGGGAACAGAAAACCAGGAUAUCCACUUCAUAUUUCCACUGCCUUUUAGGGAGCUCAACCCCAUGAGAGAAAAUCAGCUCUCUUUGAUGGAUCUCCUCCACCACUUCUUCACAGAAAAAAAGCAGUUAACUUUUCCCAGCCAAGGGAAGUACAAAGUGUUGUUCAUCUUUGAUGGUCUGGAUGAAUGUCGACUCCAACUAGACUUUCAGAAUAAUGAAAGUUUGACUGAUGUGACAGAGGUCACCUCAUUGGAUGUACUCCUGACAAAUGUUAUCAAGGGUAAUCUGCUGCCCUCUGCUUUACUUUGGAUUACCUCUCGACCAGCAGCAGCCAAUCAAAUCCCGCCUGAGUGUGUUGACCGGGUCACAGAGGUACAAGGGUUCAAUGACCCACAGAAGGAGGAGUACUUCAGGAAGAAGAUCAGUGAUCAGAAUCUUGCCAGCAAAGUCAUCUCUCACAUCAAAUUAUCAAGGAGUCUCCACAUUAUGUGCCACAUACCAGUGUUCUGCUGGAUUGCUGCUACUGUUCUUGGGCUAAUUCUUGGCUCUUCAGGAGGUGGACAGAUUCCAAAGACUUUGACAGAGAUGUACACCUAUUUCCUUAUUUUCCAAACAAAACAGAGGAGCCUAAAGUUUGAAAAUGUGCAUGACCUUGAUCCACAGUGGAACCAGGAAGUUAUCCUUGGUCUUGGAAAGUUGGCAUAUGAACAGUUAGAGAAGGGUAAUCUGAUUUUCUAUGAAGAAGACCUGCGAGAGUGUGGCAUUGAUGUCAGAGAGGCAGCAGUAUGCUCUGGCAUCUGCUCCCAGAUCUUUCGAGAAGAAUCAGGGCUUUAUCAAGAGAAGGUGUUCUGCUUCGUGCAUUUAAGUGUCCAGGAGUAUCUUGCAGCUUUGUAUGUGUUUCUGAUGAUGGCAAUUGAAAGGAAAGACAUACUUUCCAGACACCAAACUCAUGGAACAUCCAUUCAGCACUGGAUACAGACAUGGAUUUGGUGGUCUCCUGUAAUAAAGACAUACAUGAUCACCUUACACAAGAGUGCCGUGGACAAAGCUUUGGAGCAUGAAGAUGGACGCUUUGACCUAUUCCUCCGUUUCCUUCUUGGCCUCUCUCUGGAGUCUAACCAGACUCUCCUGCAUGGCCUACUACAGAGAGGACGAAAUAAGAUCGACAAUGAAGAAACAAUCAGUUACAUUAAGGAAAAGAUCAGGGAUGUUCCUUCAUCAGAAAGGGUCAUCAACCUCUUCCACUGUCUGCAUGAACUCAAUGAUCACUCCUUAGUGGAAGAGGUCCAGAACUUCCUGAGUGCUGAGACACUUUCUGGAGCUGAACUCUCACCUGCCCAGUGGUCAGCUCUAGUGUUUGUGCUGCUGACAUCAGAACAGAACCUGGAUGUGUUUGACUUGAAGAAGUACAUCAGAUCUGAUGAAGCUUUCCUCAGGCUUCAGCCAGUAGUGGAGGAAUGUCAGAAGGCUCAGCUCAAUAGCUGUGGGCUCACUGAAAGGAGCUGUACAGCACUGGCAUGGAUCCUCAGCAAACCAUCUGAACUGAAAAAUGUGGAUCUCAGUGACAACAGUAUUGGAGAUAUUGGGGUCCAAGAACUCUGUAGCGGACUGGAGAACCCAAACUGUGCACUGGAGACAUUCAGACUCUCAGACUGCAGUAUCACAGAGGAGGGCUAUGAUCAGAUCUAA